UUGACCAAGAAAAUGUUUUAUUUCGUAUUAUUGCAAGCCGGCUGCAGUUGUGGAAUAAGAAAUAGUUCUCAAAUAAAUUUAAUCGGUAUAUACUAUUCAAUUUUUACUCAGAUAAGUUAAAGAAGUUUCGCCAAAUCACCACACAAAAAAGUACGAGGAACAGACGCAAAAUGGCAAGCAAAAAUAAAUUCAGUGACAUCAACCUGUACGAUCUUUUGGGCAUUUCCUUGGAAGCUGAUCAAAAUGAGAUACGCAAGGCAUACCGCAAACGGGCCCUGGAUUGCCAUCCCGACAAGAAUCCGGAUAAUCCGCAGGCGGUCGAGCGCUUCCACGAGUUGUCCAAGGCCCUGGAAAUCCUCACCGAUGCAUCCGCCAGGGCAGCCUACGAUAAAGUGCUCAAGGCCAAGAAGGCGGCGGAGUUGAGGAGUCGCCAGUUGGACGGCAAGCGGCAGAAACUCAAGCAGGAGCUGGAGGAACGGGAACGGGCGGCACUGCACAAACUGGCGAGGAGCCAACCCUACAGCACGGUGGCCAAAAGCGACGAGGAGCUGCUCCAGGAGCAGAUCGAGCGGCUCAGGCGCGAGGGAUCCCGACUGCUGGAGGAGGAGCAGCGGGCCAUGCAGGAGCAGUUUCGGCGCAAUCACGCCGAGAAGCAGAAACUCCUGCAGCAGCCGACUCAGUUCGAUUCCGCCCAGCAUCGCAUCAAGAUGAAGUGGAAGGCUGAUCGUGGGCAGGAUUACACGCAGGAUCAGCUGCUCAAGUACCUCAAGAAGUAUGGCGACGUGGUGGCCCUGGUGGUUAACAGCAAGCGACGCGGACGCGCCAUGGUGGAGCUGGCCACCCGAGAGGCCUGCGAUAUGGUUUUGGCCUACGAAAAGGGCGAUCCCGCCAAGCCAUUGCACUUCGAGUGGGUGACGCCGCCGGCGGAGGAAAAGAAGCCAACCAAGGGAUCUGCCGCUGGAUGCACUGCCUCAUCCACGGACUACGAAGACCUGGUCAUGCGAAAGAUGCGACAGGCCGAGGAACGGAAACGGCUAAUCGAGCAGAUGAUGAAGGACGAGGAGGGCAAUGAAUGAACUCUAAAUUAUUUAAUUUUAUGUUACUUAAGACCUAACAAUAAGGCUACUUUAAGUCAUUAGGUUAAAAAAGCUGAGAAGCAGCUUCAUUUUAAAAUAAAUAGAAAUGUUACUUU